CGCAGCAACAAAGACCCAACACAGCCAAAAAUAAAAUAAAUAAAUAAAAAAAAAAAAAAAGAGAGAGCAGGCUGGAGGUCACUGGGCUCAAGGCAGCCAUGGAUGCCAGGUGGUGCUGAGAGCAGUGGGGCAUGGCUGCAGCCCUGCAGGUCCUGCGUCACUUGGCCCGAGCCCCCUUGAGCCCACUCCUCUGGGGGGGCCCAUUGGCCCGGCUGGCCAGUAGCAUGGCCCUGGCAGAGCAGGCACGGCAGCUGUUUGAGAGCACUGUGGGUGCCGUGCUGCCGGGCCCAAUGCUGCAGCGGGCACUGUCUUUGGACCCUGACAGCGGGCAGCUGAAGGUGCGGGACCGGAGCUUUCAGCUGCAGCAAAACCUCUACCUGGUGGGCUUUGGCAAGGCUGUGCUGGGCAUGGCAACUGCAGCUGAGGAGCUACUGGGCCAGCAUCUUGUGCAGGGCGUGAUCAGCGUUCCCAAGGGGAUCCGUGCUGCCAUGGAGAGUGCUGGCAAGCAGGAGAUGCUGUUGAAGCCACACAGCCGUGUCCAGGUAUUCGAGGGCGCAGAGAACAACCUGCCGGACCGAGAUGCCCUGCGGGCUGCUCUGGCCAUCCGGCAGCUGGCUGAAGGCCUCACAGCUGAUGACCUGCUGCUCGUGCUCAUCUCAGGUGGGGGCUCGGCCCUGCUGCCCGCCCCCAUCCCACCUGUUACACUGGAGGAGAAGCAGACACUCACCAAGCUGCUGGCGGCCCGUGGAGCCACCAUCCAGGAGCUGAACACCAUCCGGAAGGCCCUGUCCCAGCUCAAGGGUGGGGGGCUGGCUCAGGCCGCCUACCCUGCCCAGGUGGUGAGCCUGAUUCUGUCAGACGUGGUGGGGGACCCUGUGGAGGUGAUUGCCAGCGGCCCCACUGUGGCCAGCAUCCACAGUGUGCAAGAUUGCCUGCACAUCCUCAAUCGCUAUGGCCUUCGUGCUGCCCUGCCACGUUCUGUGAAGACUGUGCUGGCUCGGGCUGACUCUGACCCCCAUGGGCCACACACCUGUGGUCACGUCCUCAAUGUGAUCAUUGGCUCCAAUGCACUGGCACUGGCCGAGGCUCAGAAGCAGGCCGAGGCGCUGGGAUACAGGGCUGUGGUGCUGAGCACAGCCAUACAGGGAGAUGUGAAAAGUGUAGCCCAGUUCUAUGCGCUGCUGGCCCGAGUGGCUGGAGCCCGCCUCACCAUGCCUGGGGCUGGAGCCUCUGUGGAGGAGGAUGAACAACUCUAUGAACUGGCGGCUGAGCUCCAGCUCCCAGACCUACAGCUGAAGGAGGCUCUGGAGGCCGUGGUGGGCACUCGGGGCCCGGUCUGCUUGCUGGCUGGUGGUGAGCCCACAGUGCAGUUGCAGGGCUCAGGCAAGGGUGGCCGGAACCAGGAACUGGCCCUGCGUGUUGGAGCAGAGCUGGGACGGUGGCCGUGGGGGCCUAUUGACGUGCUGUUUUUGAGCGGUGGCACUGAUGGGCAGGAUGGGCCCACAGAGGCAGCCGGGGCCUGGGUCAGGCCUGAGCUUAUCAGCCAGGCCGCUGCCCAGGGUCUGGACGUGGCUGCCUUCCUAGCCCACAAUGACUCACAUACCUUCUUCUGCCGCUUCCAGGGUGGGGCACACCUGCUGCACACGGGGCUGACUGGCACCAAUGUCAUGGACGCCCACCUCCUGUUCCUGCAGCCACGGUGAUAUUGUAGGUCAUGUUUUGGGAACCUAGAGGAGGCCUGCAGGGCAGCGUCCUGGAGAAGACCAGGUUUGGUCCCCAGGGCCUUACCAGGCGUUAGGGCCUCUCCUCUCCUUGGCCCUAGCUACAUGGUUGGCCCUCACACCUCCAAACCAGGGCCUCUGCUUUGUGUCCAACUCCCCAACCAGACAGGCAGAUGGGGGUUCUCUUCCACCCCUACUUUCAGCCAUGGCAGCAGGUACACCUGAGGACCAGGACGAGCCCCCCUAGGCCAGUUUGCUGCUCCCAGUGUUUUCCCCCAGGCAGCCCCUCUGCUCAGCUCCUGAGCCUGUUUCUUCUGUGGGGUGAAACAGGAAGGACUGAAAAUAAAAAGGACCGCACUACGGGUUCUCAGUGCUUCUUCCCUCACAGCAAAGGUUAGCGGGGAGCUGCCGGGAAGGGGAAUGGUGUUGGGCAGCAGCCCCUGUGCCAGGGCCCUGCAGGAGUUCUCUGUACCCAUCUCUGCAGGGCACUUGCUUCACUUAAACAGGAGCUUGGGAGGGUUGAGCGUGGCUCCCAACACGCUCAAUGUGGGUGAGCAGAGACCCCAGGGAGGACAGGCCUAAGAACUUUAGUCUCUGACGUCUGGGUGGGACUGGCCACUCAUCCAACUGUCACUCUCCCCUGUGGCACCCCUGCUGAGAUCUCUCCACCCUGUGAUGUGUGCCUCGCUGGGCACAUGCUUACUGCCUGCCACCAAGGACUUCCCUCCCUUCUGUCUUUGGACAGCCCUUAGACAGACUGUACUUUCUUUGGUUGAUAAACCCCUGUUUAUCCAGGGGUUACCCCCAGCCACACAGGACACUGGGUGUUGUUUCCUUGUGCCAGACCCAUUUUCCCAGGCUGACCCACUCCCUGCCCCCAGAUCCUUUAGCUGUUCCUCUGGGAACACAGUCCAGUUCCUGGUGCCAGCCUGCAGUGGGGGUCUCCAGUGCUGGGAUGGUGGGUCAGAGCAGUGGUGGGGUCCAGCAGCCCCUCUCCCCUUCUCCUGUUACGGCUGGCUGGGAAGAGGCCAGUGGGGAGGGGAGCAACAGAGGAAGGGCUUCCUUAGCCAGGCUAGCAGACUGCACUGGGAGAGGGUGGGGCCGCUGUCCUGGCUCUCCUUGGGCCCCCUUAUUCAGUGUUCGAGCCCUCCGCUGGCUGCCCCCGCCGUGCGCCACGGCUCCAAUCCCUAUAUGAGUGAGCAGUAGAAUCACAUAGGAAUAAAAAGCCAUAGAGAACAGCGAGGCUUGGGGCUGUUCCUGCUGGCCCCCUUCUCCACCCCAGCCGUGCCCUCCUCUCUGAGGGUGUGAGGCGCUCUGGGCCAGGGCUGGCGUGCCCUGCUCCUGGGAAGAGCCUCCCUUCUCUACUUGGGCUCUAGACGGUGCAGCUUGCAGAUGGUUCCUGGUGGGCUGGGGAUGGGGAGGGAAGUGAGCAGGUGAGCUGGGUUCUGGGGUCCAGGGAGAUUUAGGGGAGAGGGGAAUUCACACCCCUUUGUGAUGCAGGGGCUCCAUUUCCUUCUGUCCUGGUGGGAGGUUUCUUCCGGCAGGGGUGGGGGUGUCAUAGUCUUAGGGGCUACUGUCCCCACAUGGCUGUGCCUGUGCCCCGGUGCUCCUCUGGCACCCUCUGGAUAUGCCCUGUCCCUGCUUCAGUCCUUGCCCUCGGGGGCAUGAGGAUUAGCACUGGGUGUCAAGUUCCCAGCAACAGCAGGAUAAGAGGGUUGGGGCUGUGGCAGAGGGCCUGUCUGCCAUGUCCCAAGCAUGUGCAUGCAUGUGUGUGGUGGCAUGUGAGCACGCAGGUGUUGGUGUUGGCAUUGCAGGAGGGGGAACGCAUCAGUGUGUGUACACGGAGAUCCUCAGUGCGGGCUGUGCUGUGCUGCUUCCUGUGCGCAUAGCUGCUUACACACCUGCUGAGGGGUGAGUGAGAGUGGGGUCUUGCUAGAGUCUCCCCCUGGCCACCUUGGCCCCUGCCCUGGGCCUGUGUUUGUGGGGGCUGGAGGCCAGAGGCUGGAUUGGGCCUAACCCAUUAGAUUUGCCCAUUUGGUAACCCCAAGAUGAGAAAGGAUAUAUUUGGCUGCAAUCUAGAUGAAAAUAUGAGAUAAAGCCUACAUGGUGAGUGUUC